AUGAGCUAUAGUGCUGAGGAGACAGAUGCCAGCAUUGAGCAGUGGAAAAUACUGCGUCUAAUUCGCAACUUGGAAUCAGCCAAAGGUAACGGAACCAGUAUGAUCAGUCUGAUAAUAAAACCCAAAGAUGAAAUAGCGCGAAUCAAUAAAAUGUUGGCUGAUGAAUUUGGUACCGCAAGCAACAUAAAAUCCCGUGUCAAUCGAUUAUCAGUUCUAUCGGCUAUAACAUCCACUCAGCAAAAAUUGAAGCUUUAUAGGCAAACGCCUCCAAAAGGAUUAGUUGUCUAUUGUGGUACAAUACUGACCGAGGAUGGAAAGGAGAAAAAAGUCUCUCUCGACUUUGAGCCAUUUAAGCCCAUAAAUACAUCACUUUAUCUUUGUGAUAACAAGUUUCAUGUAGAGGCGCUGAAAGAAUUGUUAGAAAGUGAUGAAAAGUUUGGAUUCAUUAUAGUUGAUGGUAACGGGGUUUUGUACGGUACAUUACAGGGUAACACUAAGGAAGUUUUGCAUAGCUUUACAGUUGAUUUGCCAAAAAAACACGGAAGAGGUGGUCAAUCAGCACUCAGGUUUGCUAGGCUUCGGUUGGAAAAGAGGCAUAAUUACGUAAGGAAAGUUGCUGAUAUUGCCGUUCAAAUGUUUAUCACCAAUGACAGGCCAAAUGUAUCAGGACUAGUUCUCGCUGGAAGUGCAGAUUUCAAGAAUGACCUAAUGUCUUCAGACAUGUUUGACCCAAGGCUUGCAGCUAAGGUGGUUAAAAUUGUGGAUGUUAGCUACGGUGGAGACCAUGGUUUCAACCAAGCAAUUGAAUUGUCAGCUCAAUGCCUAUCAAAUGUCAAGUUUAUCCAAGAAAAAAAAAUCAUUAGUCGGUUUUUUGACGAACUGGCACAUGAUACUGGUAGGUACGUUUACGGGGUUCAUGAUACGAUAAAUGCCUUGGAAAUGGGCGCAGUAGAGAUGUUAAUCGUUUAUGAAGCACUAGAUAUUCAAAGAUUACAAAUGCGUAACCCUGUGACCGGUGAGGAAUCUGUGAUAAUCCAAACCAGCGAAAGGGAUACAGAAGCCAUGCGGGACCCGGUGAACAAUGUGGAUUUGGAGUUGGUGGAAUCUAUUCAUCUGUCAGAAUGGUUAGUCAACAACUAUCGCAAUUACGGUGCUACACUUGAAUUCAUCACCAACAAGUCGCAGGAAGGGUCACAAUUUCACCGCGGUUUUGGUGGGAUUGGCGGUAUUCUUAGGUACAAAUUGGACAUGAGCGAAUAUGAUUUGCCCGUCAACGAUAAUGAUUUUGACGAUUUCAUCUGA